GCGGCCAUGUUAUACAGUCCGUCGUGCAUCAAGUGCGGUCUGGGUGUAGCGGGCGGAGUGCUCUCAUAAAGGCGUGUGAGUUCGGAGCCGAUUCGCCGUGGGAAAAUGCUGGAACUGUCGAAAUUCUGGGCGGUUUGUUGCGUGUGCCUCGCGGCAAGAGUGCUCCCUAGCUAUGUGGAGGCCGUGUCCGGGACGGCGGACGUGCCGGCGGCGCACUUCGAGCCGCAGGUGGCCAUGCUGUGCGGCGACAAGGCCCAGUACCACAGCCAGUACAUGGCGGAGACGGCCCGCUGGGUCGCCGACCUGAGCAACAAGGCCGCCUGCCUCAAGGACAAGCUCGAGAUACUCGAGUACUGCAAGAAGGUGUACCCGAAACGAGACAUCACCAACAUCGUGGAGUCCAGCCACUACCAGAAGGUGUCCAACUGGUGCAAGCUGGGGCACAAGAAGUGCAAGGGCUCCCACUACGAGUGGGUCAAGCCUUACCGCUGUCUGGAGGGGCCCUUCCAGAGCGACGCGCUGCUGGUGCCGGAGAACUGCCUGUUCGACCACAUCCACAACCAGACCAAGUGCUGGCAGUUCGACCGCUGGAACGCCACGGCGGCUCAGUCGUGCCAGGAGCGCGACCUGGCGCUGCGCAGCUUCGCCAUGCUGCUGCCGUGCGGCAUCUCGCUCUUCUCGGGCGUCGAGUUCGUCUGCUGCCCCAAGCACUUCAAGGACAACGUGAAGCCUCGGAAGCCCAUCGACCUGGCGGCGCUGAAGGGCAAGCAGACGGACCUGCUGGACGAGGCGGCGGCCGACGAGGAGGACGAGGACGAGGACGAGGACGAGGACGAGGACGAGGGCGACGAGGAGGACAGCUACGCGGACGAGGAGCAGGAGGACGGCGCCGAGGGCGAGCAGGAGGAGGAUCAGCAGGAGGAGGAUGAGGAGGAGGAGGGCAGGUCGGCGACCAGCACGAGCGCCCCGCCGCCGGCCGGCGCGCCCAGCCCCAGCCCCACGCAGGCGCCCGGCACGGCUGCGGCCUCGCCCACGCCCGACCCCUACUUCACGCACUUCGACGCGCGGCUCGAGCACCAGGCCUACAAGGACGCCCAGCAGCGCCUCGAGGAGAUGCACCGGGAGAAGGUCACCAAGGUGAUGAAAGACUGGUCAGACCUGGAGGAGCGGUACCAGGACAUGCGCUCGAGCGACCCGAAGGCCGCCGAGGACUUCAAGAAGCGCAUGACCCAGAGGUUCCAGAAGACGGUGCAGGCCCUGGAGGAGGAGGGGGACGCGGAGAAGCACCAGCUGGUGGCCAUGCACCAGCAGAGGGUCAUGGCGCACAUCAACGAGCGCAAGAAGGAGGCCAUGGGUUGCUACACGCAGGCCCUCAACGACAACCCACCCAACACGCACCGCGUGCAGAAGUGCCUGCAGAAGCUGCUGCGGGCGCUGCACAAGGACCGCCACCACACCAUCUCCCACUACCGCCACCUGCUCACGUCCAGCUUCGAGCAGGCGGAGAGGGAGAAGGCCAUCACGCUCGAGCACCUCACCGACAUCGACAAGAUGGUCAAUCAGUCGCUCCAGAUGCUGGACAGGUUUCCCGAGCUGCGCACAAAAAUUGGUCAGCUUAUGGAAGACUACAUCCAGGCUCUCCGCAGCAAAGAUGAGACUCCCGGAUCUCUGCUAGCCAUGACGAGGGAUGCUGAGGCAGCCAUCUUGGAAAAGUAUAGAGCUGAUGUAGCUGCUAAACAGGAAGAGCGCGAGCGGCAGAGGCAGCUGGAGAAGCAGCGCAAGGAGCAGCGCAAGAAGGAGCGGGUGGAGCUGGAGGAGGAGAAGCAGCACGUGGAGGCCACGCUGGGCGACAGCGAGAGGUUCGACCCGGAGACGAUGGAGGACGAGCACUUGAGCAGCGCUGCCACGCCGGGCCCGGCCGUCCUGCACCACCAGGAGGUGGCCAAGGUGGCCCACGCUCAGACGCACGCCGUCAGUCACGGCGAGCCGACGUUCUCAGUGAGGCGCGAGGUGUACCACCGCGAGAGCAAGAGCGUGUACUUCACCCUGGCGUUCGCCGGCAUCGCCCUGAUGGCGGCCGUCAUCGUCGGCAUAGCCGUGCUGCGCAGGAGAAGCGCUCGUUCUCCCCACAACCAGGGUUUUGUGGAAGUGGAUCAAGCUGCAACGCCAGAAGAGCGACACGUAGCCAACAUGCAAAUCAAUGGCUAUGAAAAUCCCACGUAUAAAUAUUUUGAAGUGAAGGAGUAAAUUUUUUAGGUGAACGUAAAAGCCAUUCCUUCCACAAUAUAGCAGCUAGCCGCUAGAGUGACUUGAACGUGUGAAACCGUGUUGUUUUUACUGCUGUUUGUUUGUUUUAAUGUACAUAAAAGUGCUAUCCAUAUCCAAAUAUUUACUAUACUAAAAAUAUUUACAAUUUGAAAACAAAAAUCUGUUACUCUUAUAGCAUUAUAAUUUCUGUGUUUGGAUAAGAAGUAACCCCAACCUUUACAUGCAAUCAAGAUGUUAAUAAGUCUUGAAAGGUGGGACUAUCACAGUGUCAUGUAAUCCAAACGUACCGUAAUAGUUGUUGUGAAGGUAAUCAUGUUACAGGGGAGUUAAUGUCAUUUGUUUAAAAUAAAACUUUGUCGAAGUAAGAAGAAUCUUGCUAUGCUGUAUGAGCCAUUUAGCUAUUAAUUUCAGAUGUUUACAGAUGGUAGCAAAGAGAUUAUUUUAAACUCUACAGUUGUAGCAGCUCUUUAUUCUUUUACCCACUCUUAAAUUAAGAGGAGUCGUAGAUCAACAAAAUAAUUUCCUUAGAAAUUUCUAGUUCUAAUGGUUGCUAGCACUACCUUAGGCAGCUAUACUUAAAUGGAUGUUAUCAAUAUAUUUUCAUAUAAUAUAACAUACAUUUUUAGUUAUCAUACAAAAUUUAUGCCUUGCCUUACUAAUUAAUACAGGCAGAAUACCAAAGUUAUUAGUCUAAUUUUGCCAUUCUUUAAGCAAGAAUAGUAACUAAUUGAUUUUACAUGAAAAGCACGUUGAAACCAGCUGCUGGCAUUGCUAAAUGUGUUUUCCUUGCAUAAUGUAUAGAUGUGUGUACAGAUUUACAGAUUAUAAUUUUUUGAUAAUAAAAGUGAAUGCAAGUGGAAUGAAUAUUUUAGUGGUCCUAUCAUUGUAGGAUAGGAAACAAUUCAAUAAUAUAUAACAUAAUAUUUUACUGUCCAUUAUCUGAAAAAAACUUUUUAAUGCAGUGUUCAGAAUCCGGAAAUGCACAAUAACAUUCACAAUUCUUUGGUAAUGCAGACCAGAUGUGAUAAAACAUUUGUGCUAACCCAUUCAUUUCAUACACAUGUAUGCAUUAUUUAUACUUUCACUUAAUGAUAGUAGCAAUUCUGUGUGGCAGGACCGUAUCUUGGUACUGUAUUCUAUAAGGUUCCCACCUAUAGUUGAAUGCACUCAACAUGUGUUAACUGUUCCAUGUUCUGCGUUCCUUGUGUUCACCCCCAUGUGUUUUUGUCAAGUUUGUACUUUGUAGACAUCAAUCUGUAGUAUGUGAAUCAAAGGCAUUUCUGUGGUAUAUGCUUUAUGCUAAUUAAUAGUAGCGUAAAAAAAAGUAAAUUAUUUAGUUGGUAAUGACAUUAAUAUUUUGCACUUUAACUUUUAAAGUUACUUUGUUGUAUGUACAGGUAUAUUAUGAUGUAAUACUUAAGCAAAAGAGAUACUAAUUUUUUUUUGUAAAAAUCAUAACUUAACUACCACGUAAAUUCAGAUAUAAAACUGAACAUAUUUGAAGAGUUACACAUGCUUGUAAUACUCAAAUGUUGUAAUUUUGUGAUAUGUUUUAAAUGUUUUAGUGUUUUAUGUAGUUGAGUUUUGUGGUACAUGGACAACAAAUAUUGUAUAUGUAUACAGUGAAUAUAGCUAACUAGAGAUUAGGAUAGGAAUAAAUAUCUUAUUGAUUUUAUGAAUAUGGAAAAAAGGGUGAAAAUGCCAUGCAAGAUUUGUUUGCAAACUCUUAACUUGAAAUACUUACAUGUAUGUGUGUUGUACAGUAUGUAAGUAACCAGUAUUUUCAACCUGAUUCUAAUGUUCUCUCUUGUGUCUUGCUCUGUCUGCGUAUGUCUGGAAAAAUUAUCUUUAAAAAUGUGCUUUUUGAAUAUUUAGACAGUCAUUCCUUACCCAAUUUAACAUUAAAUCACAAAUGGAUUUUAAGACAGAGAAGCAACGUUCAAAAAUUGACUGAAUAAAAUAGAGCAACUACUUUUACAAUGACCACAGAGAACAAGGAUAUGUCCAGCUGGCUUAAGAUUGGGUGUGAAAUUAUCUUUCAUCAUCAAUAUUGCUUCUCUGUCUUUAAAACCAAAGAACCAUAUUGAAUGCCAACCAAAAUUGUUAAGAUAAUACAUGCAAGGCAGCUUGAUAAGUUUUUCUUUAAAACUAUAUUUAAUUAUAUAGCUGGCACAAAUGUAAGUGUAUCCUGACUGGAAAGUGUACGAGAUAAUCCUAAUAACUAUUUUAUAGUAAUAUAAAGGGAUUUGUCAGAAAACAGGAAAUAAGAAUUAUAUUCAGUAUUCAACAGUACAACUUAUUAGAGUGUUACGGAAAAUAUGAAUAAGUAACGUCAUAAACCGGAAACUACAAUAUGAUGCCUAGUUAAAAUUCUGUAUUCUGCGACUUUAUGCUGAAGUAUUCACGUGGAAAAUACAGUUUAUAUGCAGCAUUUAAAAAAAGUAUUGUAAAGUUAACAUAACUUGCCUGUUUCUCGAGAUGUCUUCACGAGCUCCAGGGCAUGGGAGUCGUUUGACCAGACGUCCCCAGGCAGGACGGACGUGCUGGGAAGAUGGCGGAGAUCGCGCGAGACUUGGUGACUCUCUGUGAGAUGGCUGUCCUCUUGUGUGGUUGUCGCUCCAAGCUGUGGUUGGCAUCCCGCACAUGUUCACGGUGUAUUUUUCUUUCCUCUCUUUUGCAGCACCCGCAGGAUAUAUUGUGUUCCGUGGCCAUUGUAACACUACUAACAAUAAAAUUAAUUUAAUAA